AUGAAUGAGCAAUACCAGGAGGACGAUGACUUUAACCAACAAGAAGAGCUAGUAAGUGACCAAGAUAUGAUGGAUGGACAGAAUGAAUUCGAACAAGAUUUCAGAGAUGAAUUUACCGAGGGAGCGUUUUUUUCUGAAUCUGAUAUGUUAGAUUAUAUCCUUGAAGCCCCUUAUGCGGUUGACUCCGUGCAAGACAUUACAUCUUUGAAAUUUAGUGAGAAUGUUGCGGAGGAAAUUGGCAAAUACCACUUUUCUACUUUGCAUCUUGCAUUUGACUUUUAUAUGAAGUACUCAAAGUCGAAGGGCUUUAGUGCAAGGAAGAGCAAGACCUUCAAGAAUAGUAGUGGCGAGAUUUACAGACAAAUGUUUGUAUGCCAUAGGCAAGGAUUCAGGAUGGAGAAAUAUUACACGAUGGAAAAAAGGAAGAAGGAGCCUAGAUUGGAAACAAGAACUGGAUGUGAAGCCCGAAUGGAUGUUAAAUUUGUACCAGAAAGUGGAAGAAAAAUGUCAGAAGUAGAUAUUAUGCAAAUGAUGAACAUGCUAAAGUCAGGGAUCAGCACCUCACAGAUAUUUGGUCUUCUAGCUAGUCAAGCAGGCGGGUACAAAUUUGUUGGCUAUGGUCCCAGAGAUAUGUACAAUGAGAUUGCUCGGCAAAGGCAUCAAAUUCCUGGUGAUGCAGCACGAGUGUUGAAGAAGUUGGAGGAUAUGCGGUUGAAGGAUCCACAAUUAUAUUUCAAGGCAUGUCACGAUUCAAGAGGUUUGUUACGUAAUUUGUUCUGGUCUGAUGGGAUUAGCCAACUAGACUACCGACUCUUCGGGGAUGUUAUUGCUUUUGAUGCUACAUACAAGAAUAACAAGUAUAGUUGUCCAUUAGUAAUAUUCAGCGGGGUUAACCACCACAAUCAAACAAUUGUUUUUGCUGCUGCGUUAAUUGCGGAUGAAACUACUGAUACAUAUAUUUGGCUCCUGCGUCAGCUCAUGUUUGCAAUGAGGGGCAAGACCCCGACCUCAAUCAUAACUGAUGGGGCCAUGGCGAUUAGGAAUGCAGUGAGAGAUGUAUUUCCCGAAGUCAGACAUAGAUUAUGCGCUUGGCACCUUAUUUGA